AUGCCGCGGAUUCAUGAGCGCCGCGAAGUGCCUGCUCAACCACCUUCUCUGCCAGGUACAGAGGCAAUGAAGACAUACUGGGACGCAUAUUGGGAUUUCCGGCUACUAAUCAUACAAAUGUGCUUCUCCGUCAAAUCAGAAAAACCCCCGACAUCUGGGGAUGUCAAGAUGGGCCAAACGCUGAACGAGACCAUAUGCGAUAACUUCGAGCAGAACUUUCCAGCAAUAAGCGAAGGAGCAAAAUGCGACCACAAGGACUCUUUCGAGAGGCUGAAUAGUAUAGUUAAGGCACUGUGUGCCUUAGCUAGGGAAGGCGAGAAGUAUGUUCAAAGUCUGGCUUUGCUUUGCCACGUCCAAGACACUCUCAAGGGAAAGGUGUAUGAAUGUGGAGGGGAAGAAGAUGGUGUGGUAUCCGGCACAGGUACGAUGAUUGCCGCGUCUUUGAUGGAGACCUUCGAUAGCGGACCAUCAAUAACUAAGGAAGAGCCUGCACCAAGUGCAGACGUCGAAGCCACCCCAGAUAGUAGCCACAUUGCGUCUGAUGUUCCCAGCUUUUCGCUACAACAAAACGCCGUGGCGGAUGCAAAUCUUCCUCCUGUCAGUACAUCUGCUAGUCUCGUUGCUUUGGCUAGUGAGCCUCAACUCAUAACCUCCGCCGCCAGUCUUGUCCCAUCGCCCGUCCUCCCCACUCCUCCCGUUUCCGGAAACUCACCAGUUCCAGUUUCUCUGGCACCACCCCCAGACAUCAAUGCAGUACCACCACAUCACUCUAACACGCCACCAGCCGACUGGACAAUCCCCAUGUUGACUUAUACCACACAACCAUACACGGAUGCUGAUGAAUAUACCUUGUUACGUACCGUGCCAACUGAUGGCGUGGCCCAAGCGCCAAUCUAUUCAGGAGAACAUCUUUCGAGAGACUGGCCAGAUCUUUUCCCAUUCUCGAUCCCCACGGGUUACGUGGCUCCCAACAUCGUACCCGCAGAGCCCCAGAUCGGCCACCUGACAGAGUUUGGUCCCGGUGGCGUCGGAGCCUGUGGUGGUCCUGACAUGAAAAGUAAUGAGCUUGCUGUCGCCGUCAGCUGGGUGCUGUUCCAGAUGGACCGAGAAAUUGGGGGAUCUCCCUUGGAAGAGAACUGGGUCUUCCUAGGAACACAUGACGACGGCAGGGACAUGAGAUUGAGUGCUCUGUGUUUUCGAGGCAUUAGAAUGUGGAUGGCUGAUGAUCAGGGUAAGAAACUGGUGGAGCAGGAGGUCGUAGUGAGAGACAUGUGCACAGCAUGUAACGUGACGCAUUUGGACAUGCAAAAGGGCACAUUCGACAAGUACUGGGAUGGCGGUGGAAAGGGUAGAAUCAGUGUCACAUGGGAAUGGAUGCAGGAGGCACCUACUGACGUGCCAGGAUAG